UUACGUACCUACGGCCAGCCCAGACGCGCAGUGGGUGUUAGCCGGUCUGCUUCUCCCGGUUCUAUAUUUUAAACUUCGAACUCAACGGACGACGGACUGACAGUUCGUCAUUUCCGGUUUCAGUUUUGGAAUACUCAAUUUAAAUUUGAGCCAUGCCGCCCACCACGAGCGCCGAGGACCGCCUGACGUCGGGGCACCGGCUGUCGCACCCGCCGCCCGGCGAUGAGGUGCUCAUCAGUGGCAUCUCCGGGUACUUCCCCGACUCAGACUCCGUGAUGGAUCUGAAGGAUAACCUGUUUAAUAAGGUGGACCUGAUCUCCGGAGACGCCCGGCGCUGGAAACUCGCCCACCCUGAGAUCCCGCAGCGGACUGGCAAGAUCAACAAUGUAAACAAGUUUGACGCCUCCUUCUUCGGCGUCCACUACAAGCAGGCCCACACCAUGGACCCCAUGUGCAGGAUCCUGCUUGAGAAGGCCUACGAAGCUGUUAUUGAUGCUGGCAUGAACCCCAAGGAGCUGAGAAACACAAAGACCGGUGUGUUCAUCGGCGCCUGUUUCUCCGAGUCUGAAAAGACCUGGUUUUAUGAAAAAAUGCAGGUCAACGGAUUCGGUAUUACUGGAUGCUCCCGCGCCAUGCUGGCCAACCGCAUCUCGUACUGGCUCGGCGUGACUGGCCCGUCCUACACAGUGGACAGUGCUUGCUCCAGUUCACUGUACGCGCUGGAACACGCCUUCAGGGCCAUCCGAGACGGACACUGCGACGCCGCCAUCGUUGGAGGGUCCAACUUGUGUCUGCAUCCUUAUGUUUCGUUGCAGUUCUCCCGUUUGGGAGUGCUGUCGGCUGACGGGCGGUGCAAGAGUUUCGACAACAAUGCCAACGGUUACGCGCGUUCGGAAGCCAUCGUCGUGGUCUUCCUACAGAAAGCCAAGGACUCUAGGAGAGUCUACGCGCAAGUCCUCCACGCCAAGACGAACUGCGACGGCUACAAGGAGCAGGGCAUCACGUACCCGGCGGGGCACAUCCAGAAGUUGCUGCUGCAGGAGUUCUACGAGGAGUGCUCCAUCCCGCCCAACGAUCUGGAGUUCGUGGAGGCUCACGGCACUGGUACGAAGGUCGGUGACCCCGAGGAGCUGAAGGCUCUGGACGAGAUCUUCUGCACGGGGCGCUCCAAGCCACUGCUGAUCGGCUCCAUCAAGUCCAACCUGGGGCACAGUGAGCCCGCCUCUGGAUUGUGUUCUAUUGCUAAGAUGAUAAUAGCCUACAGCACGGGCUACCUGCCCCCUAACCUGCACUUCAACAACCCUCGUGAAGGAGUUGCCGCGCUGCAGGAGGGCAGGCUGCAGGUCGUGACGGAGAAGCACCCUUGGAGCAAGGGCAUGUCUGGAGUGAACAGCUUUGGUUUUGGUGGGGCUAAUGCUCACGUGCUGCUGAAGAAUAUCUCGAAGCCUAAGAUAAACAACGGCAUCCCGCGCGACGACCUCCCCCGCCUGGUCUGUACCUCGGGCCGCACGGAGUCCGCCGUGGCCAAGAUAUUAGACGACCUGGAGUCCAGGACUGUGGACGCCGAGCAAGUGAGGCUGCUGCACGCUGUACAUGAUGAAGAUAUUAGUGGACAUGUCGUCAGAGGAUUCUCUUUGUUGGGCUCCACCCCCACCAAGGCGGUGCGUCUGGCGCGUGACGUGCAGUACUUCUCCGGCGUAAAGCGGCCGGUGUGGUUCGUGUACUCCGGCAUGGGCUCGCAGUGGGCCGGCAUGGCCACGCAGCUCAUGAGGAUACCCGUCUUUGCUGCUGCUAUUGAGAAAUGCCACAAAGCGCUCGAGCCCAAGGGCAUCAACCUGACGCAGAUCGUCACGGACCCCAACCCCAGGGUGUACGACAACAUCCUCAACUCCUUCGUCGGCAUCGCCGCCGUGCAGAUCGGUCUUACUGAUGUCCUGACCGCUUUGGGCAUCACGCCUGACCAUAUCAUUGGCCACAGUGUAGGCGAGCUCGGCUGCGCGUACGCCGACGGGUGCUUCACGGCGGAGCAGAUGAUCCUGGCCGCCUACAGCCGCGGGCUCGCCUCCAUCGAGACCAAGCUCAUCAAGGGCUCCAUGGCGGCCGUCGGGCUGGGGUACAACCAGGUGAAAUCCAUGUGCCCCCCCGAGAUCGAAGUAGCCUGCCACAACGGCCCCGACUCCAGCACGGUGUCGGGCCCGGCCGAGGCCAUGAAGGCCUUCGUGGGCAAGCUGACCGCCGCCGGGGUGUUCGCCAAGGAGGUGCCUUGCUCCUCCAUUGCGUACCACUCCAAGUACAUCGCUGAGGCUGGCCCCAAGCUACUCAAGUACCUCACGGCAGUGAUCCCGUCCCCGCGGGCGCGGUCCGCGCGCUGGGUGUCCACCUCCGUGGCGCAGGCGCAGUGGGGCUCCGGCAAGGCGGACCUGUGCUCUGCUGAAUACCACACUAACAACCUGCUGAGCCCAGUCCUCUUCGAGGAGGCCUCCCGCCUGAUCCAGCCCAACGCCAUCACGAUCGAGAUCGCGCCGCACGGGCUGCUCCAGGCCAUCCUGCGCAGGAGCCUCAAGAAGGAUGUCACCAACAUCCCGCUGACGCAGCGAGGACAUGAGGACAAUGUGAAUGUGCUGCUUACUGCUGUGGGGACCCUCUUCGAAGCCGGUCUCAACCCUCACCUGGCCAACAUCUACCCGCGAGUGGAGUUCCCCGUGACGCUCGGCACGCCCAUGCUGUCGCACCUCGUCGAGUGGGAGCACAGCGAGGACUGGUACGUGACAUCCUACAAGGCGCAAGAGAAGAUGAAGUCCGGCGAGCGCACGGUCCGCAUGUCCAUAGCGGACGAGGACAGCGAGUACCUGGCGGGACACGUGGUGGACGGUCGCAACCUGUACCCAGCCACAGGCUACCUGGUCCUAGUCUGGGAGACCCUCGGCAUGAUGAUGGGAGAGCUCUACACGGAAGUGUCUGUGGUCUUCGAGAACGUUCGCUUCCAGAGAGCCACCAACAUACCCAAGGAUGGCAACCUGGAGUUCAUUAUUAUGAUUCAGAAGGGCAGUGGCAACUUUGAGAUCGUAGAAAGCGGAGCAUCCAUCGUGACCGGUCGUAUCUACGCGAAGAAGAACGUGGGCCAAGACUACAGGGUGCUUCCCGCCGUGCCCGAGAAGACAGGCCCCAACGUCAAGCAUCUGCUGACCAAGGACUUCUACAAGGAGCUGAGGCUGAGAGGAUACCAGUACAGCGGUCUCUUCCGUGGUAUCAUCGGCUGCAACGUGGAGGGCUCGCGCGGCCGGCUCGCGUGGGUCAACAACUGGGUCACCUUCAUGGACUGCAUGCUGCAGAUGAAGAUCAUCGGACACGACACCCGUGGGCUGUUUGUGCCUACUAGGAUUGAGAAGGUGUCGAUCGACGCGAAUAUGCACUACAACGCCAUCUCCAAGAUGAACCCGGACGCCAGCAAGCACUCCUUCGAGAUCCGAGUAUACCCCGACCUAGGAGUCAUCAGGGCUGGUGGUGUGGAGCUCCGCGGCCUUAACGCGACGCCCAUCACGCGCAAGAUCCCGCUCGGCGUGCCCGUGCUCGAGAAGAACGUGUUCGUGCCCAGCUUCGGCAAGGGCAAGAUGAAGCUCGGUGACAUCCUGCGAGCCAACCUGCAGCUGGUGCUGGAGAACAUCCAGACGUUCAAGGUGAAGGCGCUGGAGUACGUGGACGAGGAGUACAAGCGGCUGGAGCUGGCGCCCGCCAUGGAGACCGUGGCUGAAGUGCUGGGGGAUAUUCCGCUCAUGCAGGCUGAGUUACUGGUGAUCUCUGAGGAAGCCCUGGAGAUGCCGCACAACAUCACCGUGGAGAACAAGAAGCUGACGGGAGAGACCAACGCCGUCGUGUUCAUCGGAGCCAACCUGUUCCAGAGGCCUGAGGUGCUCACACAAGCCCUAGGCACGCUGCGAGACAAGUGCUUCAUCAUCUCCCGUGAAAAGGACCGCCCCAAUCCUAAGGACCAUUCCGACAAACUAGACAUCAUCACCAUCCAGGACACCGGCCUAGAAUACGUGGUCCUCUUCAGGAAGCGAGUUGGAGCCAAGCCGGCUAAGUUUGUCAAGAUCGUGUCUUCCGACGACAGCUUUGCAUGGAUCGAUAAGGUUAAGGAAGAGAUGAAGGAUGGACAGAAGAUCGUGCUCUAUGGUCAAGACGAAGCUAUCAACGGUCUGCUUGGUCUGGUGAACUGUCUGCGAAGGGAGCCUGGUGGCGAGAUUGUGUACGGUCUGCUGGUGUCAGACCCCUCCGCGCCUCCAUUCAACCCUGACUUGGAGCUGUAUGAAGAGCAACUGGACAAGGAUCUGGCACUUAAUGUCUACCAGGAUGGUCAAUGGGGCACAUACCGUCACUUGCUCCUAAGCGACCUAGACACCAUCAAGGCCACUCACGCCUACGUGAACACCAUCACCAUCGGAGAUCUCUCUUCGCUGAGCUGGCUCGAGGGACACCUGAAGGAGAACCACCAGUUCAAGAGCCCUGACAGUGUGCUUAUUCAGGUGUACUGCGCGGCGCUGAACUUCCGCGACGUGAUGACGGCGACGGGGCGCGUGACGGUGGAUGCGGUGGCGCGCGGCCGCCUGCACCAGGAGUGCGUGCAGGGCUUCGAGAUCACCGGCCGGACGCCCAACGGGUCCCGCGUCAUGGCGAUGGUGCGCAACAGCGGCAUGGCCAACAUGGUGGCCGGCGACCGGUGCCUGCUGUGGUGCAUCCCCGACGAGUGGAGCUUCGAGGAGGCCGCCACCGUGCCCGUGGCUUACGGGACUGUGUACUACGCUAUGGUAAUGGUGGGCCAGAUGCAGCGCGGCGAGUCGAUCUUGAUCCACGCCGGGUCCGGCGGCGUGGGGCAGGCCGCCAUCAAUGUGGCACUGCACUAUGGGCUCGAGGUGUUCACCACCGUCGGUACUGCGGAGAAGAGGGCGUUUAUUAAGAAGCUGUUCCCGCAGCUUAAGGACAGCAACAUCGGCAACUCGCGAGACACGUCGUUCGAGGACAUGAUCCGGCGCGAGACCAACGGCAAGGGAGUCGACCUCGUGCUCAACUCGCUCGCCGACGACAAGCUGCAGGCGUCAGUCCGCUGCCUCGGCUACCGCGGCCGCUUCCUCGAGAUCGGCAAAUUCGACAUCAGCAACAACACUCCCAUCGGGAUGCACUUCUUCCUCAAGGAGACCUCGUUCCACGGCAUUAUGUUGGACUACAUCUUCGACCAGAGCUUCGACUUCAGGAAGCGUCUCCAAGACCUGCUCCUAACGGGAAUCGAAUCCGGAGCGGUGCGCCCGCUCACCUACUGCACCUUCGAGAAGCAGGAAGUAGAGACUGCCUUCCGCUACAUGGCCGCCGGCAAGCACAUCGGGAAGGUCAUCAUCAAGAUCAGGGAUGAGGAGAGGAGCCACAGGCCUGUGAGGCCUACUGCCUUCCCUGUCGAUGCUGUGCCUAGGUACAUGUGCCAAGAAGACUACGUGUACGUGAUCGUCGGCGGGCUGGGCGGCUUCGGGCUGGAGCUGGCGGACUGGCUCAUCAUGCGCGGCGCGCGCAGGCUCAUGCUGUCCUCUAGGAGGGGCAUCUCGAAUGGGUACCAGGCAUCGAGGUUGAAGGCAUGGGCAGGCUACGGCGCCGACGUGCAGAUCUGCACGGCCGACGUGACGACAGCCGAGGGAUGCGAGGAGCUGCUGGUCCAGUCCAACAAGAUGGGCAAAGUCGAAGCCAUCUUCAACUUGGCCGUCAUCUUGAAGGACUCGGUCUUCGCCAACCAAAGCCCGGAGACGUUUAAGACGUCAUUCGCGCCGAAAGCGAUAGCUACGAUGCACUUGGACAGGCUGUCGAAGAAACUGUGCCCGAACUUGCAUGACUUCGUAGUGUUCUCCUCGGUGUCCUGCGGGCGCGGUAACGCCGGGCAGACCAACUACGGCAUGUCCAACUCCGUGAUGGAGAGGAUCUGCGAGUGGAGGAAGAAGCUGGGGCUGCCCGCGCUCGCCGUGCAGUGGGGCGCUAUUGGAGACGUGGGUCUAGUAGCAGACACGCAAGACGACGACGUGCAACUGGAGAUCGGAGGCACCUUACAACAGCGCAUCUCCUCGUGUCUCCUCGCGCUGGACAAGUUCCUGAAGCAGGACGAGCCCAUCGUGUCCUCCAUCGUGGUGGCCGAGAAGAAGGCUGGAGGGUCCGGUUGUGGAAACAUUGUGGACGCUGUUGCGCAGAUUAUGGGUAUCAAGGACCUGAAGACGGUCUCACAGCAAGUCUCCCUCGCCGAGCUCGGCAUGGACAGCAUGAUGGCGGUGGAGAUCAAGCAGACGCUGGAGAGAGAGUUCGAGAUCUUCCUCACCGCGCAGGACAUCAGAACUUUGACUUUUGCCAGACUAGUAGAGCUAACCGCCGCCCGCGAGGAAGCAGCCUCCACAUCCGCCUCGCGCCUCGCAGCCCCCGAGGGCGCCGCCGGCCUGCGCGUGUUCAUGAGGAACUUCGGGGACGAGAACCUCGCGUCCGAGCCCUUCAUCUACAUGCCUACUAUGGUCACUGAUGCUAAGGAGGGCGAGGAGGCGCUCCUAGAGACAGAGAACCUGAUGUUCAUGAUCCCCGGGCUCGAGGGGUGCGCGGCGGUGCUGGAGCCGCUGUGCCGCCGGCUCAAGACGCAGGUGUGCGUGCUGCAGCUCGGGCUCGAGCACAGGAACGAGACCGGGGCUGAGAUGGUGGAUCGGCUGCACCAGACGAUCAACACGCGCCUGUCACCCGGAGCUCCCUUCACGCUGCUCGGAUACAGUUUCGGAUGUCAGCUCACCCUCGGACUCGCCAAGAAACUCGAGAAUGAAGGUCACAAAGGCACCGUAUUCUGCCUGGACGGCUCGCCGGACUUCCUCUCAUCCAUCCUCAGCAUGACGAUGAGCGUGAAGAACGACGUGCAGCUGCAGAACAGCAUCAUCUGCCACACCAUCGACAUCGUGGCGCCCAACAACGACGUCACCCUCAACCUAAUGGAGAAGCUCAACGAGAUAGAGUCUUAUGAUGAGCGAGUCGCCUACGCCAUCAAGGUGAGCCCGGUGCAGAGCAAGUACUCCAACUACUUCAUCGCGGCGACGGCUGCUGUAUGCUUCGAUAGGCUGAAGGUGGUCAUGAACUUCAACCCAAAGACCUUCGAGAAGAUCAAGUCGCCCAUCACCCUGCUCAGGCCUAAAGAGAACCCGCCAGGCGUGGUCCUAGAAGAGAACUACGGUCUGGACAAGUUCACUGAAGGAGCGGUGACGGUGCACUAUUUGGAGGGUAAUCACGUGAGCAUCAUCGAGAACAAGGACGUGGCCAACAUCAUCAACCGGGUGAUCCUGGACAAGGAGGCGCCGGGCAAGCUGGCCGGCAACGUGGUCACCUCCAUGGUCGAGACUCAGAGGUCCGUCAAGGCGGAGUAAGCUCGGUAUAAAAUUACGCACGUUUAGAUAGUUUUCGAUUGUAUUUUAGGUAUUUAUUGAAUUAAAUUUUUGCUUUGU